GGGAAAGAGGCUGUGUCCACCAUGGCCUGGACUCCUCUCCUCCUCCUGCUCCUCUCUCACUGCACAGGUUCCCUCUCCCAGCCUGUGCUGACUCAGCCGGCCUCCCUCUCAGCAUCUCCUGGAGCAUCAGCCAGUCUCACAUGCACCUUCAGUGGUGGCAUCAAUGUUGGUGACUACACUAUACACUGGUACCAGCAGAAGCCAGGGAGUCCUCCCCGGUAUCUUCUGAAGUACAAAUCAGACUCAGAUAAGCACCAGGGCUCUGGAGUCCCCAGUCGCUUCUCUGGAUCCAAAGAUGCUUCAGCGAACACAGGGAUUUUACGCAUCUCUGGGCUCCAGUCUGAGGAUGAGGCUGACUAUUACUGUGCCAUUGGGCGCAGCAGCGCUUCUCACAGUGACACACACAGAUGGGGAAGUAUCCUGGCCAUUUCCUGA